CCACAAUUACUCGGGUCUUGCUGCAUGGUCUUCAUUCUAAUCAUGCCUUAUAAAAUAAACGUAUAUCCUCAAGUAUCUAUACGAGUGAAGUCUUCUUUUGUAAGUUCUGCUUGACUGCGGGCCUCAUUUCAGACGCAGUACCACGCACCACUUUUAGCAUGGCAGCUGUACGGUCAACACCCACACCAUCGGGUUGUACCAAACAAGUAGCAGUCAUCGGCGCAGGAAUCAGCGGUAUCACAUCAGCUGGCCAUCUUCUCCGUCAUGGCUUGAAAGUGGUGCUUUUUGAACGCUCCAGCAUCGCCGGCGGAGUAUGGCAUUACGAUCCCAGGAGCGCUCUCGAGCCUCCCUAUCCGAACGAGAAACCGCCAACACCGGAUGGGUAUGGCAGUGGCGUUAAUGGAACAAAGUACCAAUCUCUCGAAGCAAACGACAAUUUCGAGACCACAUCACUGGCCCACGCCCCUCCGUCCCCUUGCUACAAAGGUCUGCGCAACAACGUUCCCACUUCCCUCAUGCGAAGCACCCUCAUGUCCUGGUCACCGGGAACAGAGGAAUUCGUCAGUCAAGAUCUCAUCGAGAAGUACAUCCAGGACCUAGCCCUCCAUACCGGCGUCCAGGAGCACAUCCUCUACGACAUGAGCGUUGAGUCCGUGGCCAAGUCCACCAAUUCGAGCGCGCCCAAAUGGACCAUCCGUACCCGCACACUGCGCAAAACGGGCUCUGCUCCAGAAUUCUUGGCAAGGCAAUGGGACGACUUCGACGCCGUGGUCGUAGCAAGCGGACAUUACCACGAGCCUCGCAUCCCAGACCUCCCUGGCUUGAGCGCCUGGAAACAAAAGUUUCCGGACAAUGUGAUGCACUCCAAACAGUACCGCAAACCCGAUGUUUUCAAAGACAAAACAGUCCUCAUCAUCGGGGCCGGUGUUUCUUCGCUAGACAUUGCUAGGGAGCUCGGUUCCGUCGCGAAAAAGACGUACCAAAGCGUCCGAGGUGGUAGUUUCGACCUUCCCGCAACCCUACUGCCUGAGAAUGCGGAGCGGGUCGGGAAGAUUGAGAAAUUCGUUCUGAACGAGUCCGCCGACACCACUUCUUCUCCUCGCCCAGGCGAGGUAGUGUUGAAAGACGGGAGGGUGCUCACCGAUAUCGACGUCAUCAUCCUAGGAACGGGAUACUUAACCUCGUACCCCUUCCUCGGACCCACCCUCCAAUCCCCCUACACAGAAGCCGAGUCCGCAGACGACAAAGUCAUCAUCACAAGCGACGGCUGCGUAACGCACAACCUACACCACGACAUAUUCUACAUCCCGGACCCUUCACUCCUCUUCGUCGGGGUUCCCUACCACGUAUCAACAUUCUCGUUCUUCGAUUUCCAGGCCGAGGUCGUCGCGCGGGUUCUGUCGGGAAAAGCCCGUUUACCUAGUCAGGAAGUCAUGAGGAGCACGUACGAAAAGAGGAAGAUGGACGUUGUGGGCGGGAGCAAGAAUUUCCAUAGUUUAUUGUUGAGGGAGACAGAGUAUAUCGACGAAAUUCUGGCGUGGGUCAACGGGGAGGCGAGAAAGUUGGGGGUUGAGGAGAUGGAGGGGGUGGACGGGGACUGGAGGGCGAGGGUAUUGGAUCCGGUAGGGAAGGAGGGGGUGCCGGGGGUUGUUGAUAGGGUUCAGGGGGCUGUUGGGCUUACUACUGCUUGA